UUUGGAAAAUUAGCAUUUAUAUUUCUUUAAAAUUGGCUAACAAAUAAGCUCUGUAAUUUAGAGAAGAAGUAGCAGUACAGCGGUUUAACGACUAUUACUUCGCUUCACUUCGUUUUCAACCUUCACAAUGCCGAAAGUAGUGUCCCGUAGCAUCGUCUGUUCAGACACGAAAGAUCAAGAAGAAUACAACGAGACCAAGCCUCUGCACAUCUACUACUGCAUAUGCGGCCAGAUGUCCCUGAUUUUAGACUGCACUAUCGACCGAUUGCCGCUGCGACCGACGGACGGGGCACGCGUGAUAGAUGGUUCCAAACAUGCCCAUAAACUUACUUCAGACCCUGAUGAGACAGUUUAUUUGAAACGCGAAAAGGGUAUUGAGAGACAAUACAGGUUAAAAUGUAAAAAAUGCGCGAUCCCUAUCUAUUACAAGGCGGAUCAAGACAGCAAUGUUGUUUUCAUAAUGAGAGGAGCCUUAGUACAAACUGCAGGUGAAAAUAACGUCACAGAUAUAUACAAACAAGUAGCGUUAACGCAGCCUAAGAAAAUUAUGGUUACUAAACACACUAAGAACAUGGGCAAGUUCAGUUCGGUGACUGUUUCGACGAUAGAUGAAGAGGAGGAUGAGAUUGAGGCGAGAGAGGUAGCGGACAGUUACGCUAACAAUGCAAGGAUUAUUGAGAAACAGUUGGAGAGGAAGGGCAUGAAUAAGAGGCAGGCGGAGGCUCCCGUGCAGGUCCAGGAGAAGAGGGUUCGGGGGACUUUAAUUGAUAAAUAAAUUUGGAUUUUGAA